AUGCAAGGCCCGUGCAAGCCACCGCUGCUUGUUUCAUCUUCGGCCCGCGCUGAGCCCAGUCGGGGAAUUUUUCACGCUUGCUGCUGCUGCUGCAGGGCACUGACUGUUGAUUCUUGUUUUCCGCUUUCCAAGACCGGGAAGAGGCCUGUUCAGUAUAGUCUGCAGAGAGAGUCCUUUCUGGUUUUUCUGGCUUUUUUAUUUUCUGCAGCACUUGAUGUGACUGUUUGCGUGCUUACGCUCCCCUUCUUCCCCUUCUUCCUCUUAUUCUUGCCUUCGUGCUGCUCUUCUGGCUGUAUUAAUCUGUACAAAGACAUAAGUACACACACACACGCACACACACACACACACACAGACGCAAACAAGCACACGUACCUUUUCUUUAUACUUUUAUUUUCACGGCUACAAGAGAUGUCACAAGGUACUUUAUACGCAAAUUUCAGAAUCAGAACCUGGGUCCCAAGAGGCCUUGUCAAAGCUUUGAAGCUGGAUGUCAAUGUUGUUGCGCCAGAAAACGCUGCUGCGCAGUUCGCCAAGGACUUCCCAUUGAAGAAGGUCCCGGCCUUUGUGGGCCCAAAUGGCUUCAAGUUGACCGAGGCCAUGGCCAUCAACUACUAUCUGGUCAAGCUUUCGUCAGAUGAAAAGAUGAAGGCCCAACUGCUGGGUGCUGAGGACGAUUUGAACGCCCAAGCACAGAUCAUUAGAUGGCAGUCGCUGGCCAACAACGACUUUUGCAUCCAGAUGGUUAACGCCGUCGCCCCUUUAAAGGGGGACGUUCCCUACAACAAGAAAAACGUCGACGCCGCCAUGGAUGCCAUUGCCAAGAUAGUCGACGUCUUCGACGACAGGUUGCGGAACAACACCUAUCUGGUCACUGAAAGCGUGUCUUUGGCCGACUUGGUCGCUGCUUCCAUCUUCACCAGGUUCUUCGAAAACCUGUUCGGCUUCGAGUGGAGAGCCCAGCAUCCGGCCAUCGUCAGAUGGUUCAACACCAUUAGGGACUCCUCCUUUUUGAAGGACGAGUACAAGGGCUUUUCCUUCACCGAUAAACCAUUGUCCCCCCCACGUAAGAAUAAGGAAGAGGCCAAGCCAGUACCAGCACCAGCACCAGCACCAGCACCAGCACCGAGCGCAACUCCUUCCCGGAGGCCAAAACACCCUUUGGAGCUGUUGGGCAAGCCCACCUUCGCCUUGGAUGAAUGGAAGAGAAUGUACUCCAACGCAGACACCAGAGCGGUGGCUUUGCCCUGGUUCUGGCAGAACUACAACCCGGAGGAGUACUCCCUCUGGAAGGUUACCUACAAGUACAAUGAAGAACUGACCUUGACCUUCAUGUCCAAUAACCUAAUCGGUGGGUUCUUGAACAGGUUGGUCGGCUCCACCAAGUAUUUGUUCGGCUGUCUCAUCGUCUACGGCGAAAACAACGACAACGGUAUCACUGGUGUCUUCAUGGUCAGGGGCCAAGACCACGUUCCAGCCUUCGACGUCGCUCCAGAUUGGGAGUCCUACGAUUUCGCCAAGUUGGACCCCUCCAGCAAGGACGACCAGGAAUUCGUCAACAACAUGUGGGCCUGGGACAAGCCAGUCUCUGUCAAUGGCGAACCAAAGGAAAUUGUUGACGGUAAGGUUUUCAAAUAA